GUAGAACGUCGUUGCGUCCUGGCCCUCACUGACAUUCCACUCGUCCGCCCGACUCUGGCCUCGCGACGGUGCCCCCUUUUCUGUGUGCAUGACAAUCCUGGCACCCGAACUGUCGUCCUCUCUGUAUACCUAGCCGCACCCCUGCUCUUCUCCGCCCGUGCCUUCCUGGAGCUGUAGUGUAAUGCUCUCCACGAUUCACUCCGUUGUUGAUUGUGUGUGUGUAUAUAUCGAGAGAGAGAGAGAGAGAGAUAGAUAGAUUUUGUGCGACUGUUGUGCAUUUAAGGGGUUGUGUUUGGAAAUUGCGCAUGAGAGGAAUCUGGUAGGGGAGGAACUCACACGCAACAUCGAAGGUACGUCGGUUGUACCAGUGCUGCGCUUCGCUGCUGACUAUGAGUGUAUGAGUGCCAGCUUUUUGUAAGUUUGGCUGCGAAGAGCAAAGGGGAUGGAUGGUACUGGACCGAGGAAAUCUGGGUGAACCGGGGAGGGUGUGUUGGGUGCAGUUGGGUGUUAAGAUUCAGCACUGGGGUUCAGUCGGAUUCAAUUCUCGACCUCGCUCACCAUGCUGGCAACUAAAUCAAGAAAAAUCGAACAAAGAUGCGAGGCUGGUAGCGGAAACUACUGCGGGAAACCCAAGCACUGCGGAGCCAUGGAUCGACACAGCCAUAAGUCUUAAAUCCGGCUCGGACUAUGGAGACACUCUUGGUCAAAUUGCGGGGCCAGAUUCGUUCUAUCGAGCCAAACACAGCCGCUCAGAACGCGUUUUUACAAGACUAUGCACAGGCUUUCUAUGAUGCGCCUCUCGAUCAGUACUUUACGGAUGUACAAGUGGACAGUGUCGAGUGCACAGUACGUGCUUUAGUAUCCACGUCAAUGUCAGCCCCAUGCUCAAAAGGGACUAUGUACUGCUUAUGAGCGGAGCGACCAAUAUAAAAUCUGGAAGAUAUUACCCGAUGCAGAGUUGAUGAGAGCAGGAUGAUGUUUAUCAGCGAAAGCUCGAUGGAAGAGAACAGCCGUUACAUCUGGCUAUCUCCGACUCGUCGUCUUCGAGGCGUGAUUACAGGCGUCUGGAAUUCAGAUGAGAAUUUGAACACCGACGCUUCAAGUGAGGUUCCAAAAGAAGAGGGUUCCACCGUACGUGCAACUAAGAGGGCAUUUAUGUUCGCCAGUCGCAUCAAUGACGAGCUGUUUGUGCUGAAUGCACCGUACGACUGUACUUGCUGAAUGCCGUGCGCAGACGAGGCGAAAUUCGGCAAUUUUGUGGACGGUUCUGACUGUCAGCGAUUAACAUCAAACAGCAUUAAAAAGAGCCUGGCAGUUUACAAAGAUCAGGAACCUUUAUUUAAGAGGCAACGGCUAGAUUCGACUGUGAUUUGUUCCGGUUUGGAACUGGUGACCUUUUUAGUGUUUGCAAACACCAGUCAACAGCAGACGCUGAAUAUCAAUGCUUCAGUUGAUGUUAUCUUGAAGUGGAGUGCAAAUUCUAGUCCCAAUUCCAUACCUGGGUUUAAACCGACAGCAGAUGAAUAUAUUUGUAAGGCACUUCUUCCCCGGGAGGUGUUCAUUGACCUAUUUCCUCACCGAACCCCUCUCUACACUCAGGAAGCUUUCAUGGAGGCUGCUAUGAAAUUUGUCCCACAGGGAAUUGGUGGUGACGGAUCCGCGGAUGAUCAGAGAAGGGAGAUCGCAGCUCUUCUUGCCCAUAUUGACCAUGGAACUUUUGGAUUGCUAUACAAGGAGUACAGUUGCCACAUAAUGUGAACCCAGUAUUGAUUUUCUUCGUCAUGCGGGAAAAAGCUAUCAUGGUCGAGGGGCAUUGUAGCCAUUGUGCCAUGCUGUCAUGACAGGACAGUGGACUCCAUCAGCUGCGGAUAUCGAAGCCAAACGGCUGGCAGGCUUUGGAGUGGCGAUCAAAAUAAUAAAUGUAAUUACAUGUAACAACUUCUCAGCUGCGGCUGAUUCAAAUGUGUAGAAUUUGAAAGGUAUGGUGAGAAUUUUAACGUCCACUCAGGAGAAAACAUAGAUUGCUGUGAUCAGAGGUCGUUUUGAUAAGUCGGAGCACGUACAAGUAAUGGGGAAACAAUCGUCUGACUAGAUAAAUCUGAAAUAUAGAAGUAAAGAAUUCCCUCUGCAGUAGGCGCUUUUACGUAUCGGAGGCGAAGAAUGUACAGCAGUGUUUCAGUCCAAUUCCCCGUCGAUUUUAGUAUCUGUUAGAGAAUUGUGUCCAAGAUGUCCGAAUAAUGACUACGAGUCUAGGAAUUGAUGUCAGCUGGUUUUGGCGUGUACUUACAUCCAGAGAGAAAGAGAUGAG